UAGCAACAAAAGAAAUAGUAGGGGAAGUCCUCCAGCUGCAAGGAAGAGAUCUGCAAUUAAUUGGGACUCCAGAGAUGGGAACAGUCACUCAAAAGACAAGGACAGGCACUCCAGAGACAAACUCAGAGACUCAGAGGAAGAGAAGAACAGGGGUUGGAGAGGCAAGAGAGACGACUCUAGACGCAGCCACUCGGAUGAAAGGAGAAACAGAAGGGACCCGGGAGAAAGAGACAAGGGCCGGGACUCAAGGGACCACAGACAAUAUUCCCCACGCCCAAAGAGAAGAUACUCAAGAGAGCGUAGCAGCAGCAGGAGCAGGAGCAGGAGGAGCAGGAGCAGGUCAUCGACCUCCGAGAACGAGAGGAAGAUGGAGAAAGAGCAACACCUCUCGACGGUCCAGACCCUCCUCCAGACAGUGGGGCUGGACUUAGGGAUUGAGGAGCUGGACCGACUGAGGAAUAGGACCCAAGAGAAGCUCUAUGGGACGAAGACUCCAAGAGGCGGGGGGGAAGGCAGGCAGCAACGACGACGGCACAGGGACUCUUCAUGGUCAGACAGCACAGAUGAUCAAUCCUCAGAUUCUCACCACAGGCGACGUAGCUCUAAAGAGACCAAAGGUUACCGUGACACCGAGCACCCACUGAGGGUUUCCGAAACAGACCCGCCUGAAUGGCCAGGACCACAGUGCCUCUGUCCAGAGCUGGACUGCUGUUGGGUGGAGUGGAGUGCCGCCUCCUGGCCCUCCCUGUUCGUAUGGCCCACCUCUUGGCAACAUAUUACUAGGGACCCCUCAGUUCACCCCUCCGCCUUUGAUGGUCACAGGCUCCCACAAUGCACCAUACUGGCUUCCACCACCCCAGUAUCCUCCGCACUUGGGACCUCCUCCACCACUACUACCAGCAUCACAACCUCCACCUCAUCAGCCUCCACCCCCACAACCUCCACGUCAUCUGCCUCCACCACUCCUACCCCCUCCUCAUCUGCCUCCACCGCCCCACCUCCAGCCACCCCCGUGUCCACCACUCCUACCUCCACCUCAUCUACCUCUACGACCACCACCACUCCUACCCCCAUCUCAUCUGCUUCCACCAACACCACCACAACCCCCUCCUCAUCUGCCUCCACCGCCCCACUUCCAGCCACCCCCGCAUCCAUCAUUCCUAAACCCUCCCUUUCCACAUUCACCUUACCCGCUUCUCCCAUCGUUCCCACCCCAACGGGUGACGUCAGAGACGUACCUCGGGGUGUCACAGAUGCAGGUGUCAUCAAAGAACAAGAAAGAACGUUUCCUCAAGGUCCUAAAGGUAGCACCUUUGUCAUCAAAUAGUGAAACGUCAACAGAGAGCGGGAUGACCAUGACACCACCAGCAGAACAACCAGAGGUCAUGAGUUUCCAUAGCAAUCAACAGUUUGUUAGUAAUCUCCUUCAUGUUAUUCCUCUUUCCAAGAGGCAACUAAAGAAAGAACAAGGGACUAAGAUGGCUAAUAUGAAGGCUAGUGUGGCGAAGCAGAUGCUUAGAAUGGAAAAACAAAAGCUCCGGGACGAUGCUGCUGCUGCUGCCGCUGCUGCUAUUGCGGCUGCGGGUGCUGUUGAUGCUGCUAAAAGGGCUGCUGCUGUGGCGGGUGGCGAUGCGUAAACAGGAAA